CUGUUCAUUGGGGAAAAGUUUAAAUGAUUCCGAGUAUUUCCUGAUGAUGGCCAACUUGUCCAGAACAUUAGAAAAGAUCAAGAAUGGGAAGUUGGUGGAUAUACAGGGUGAUGUUGAGAGGAUUGUGGAGUUGGGCGGCAAGGACGGUACCGAGGGUCAACAGAUGGUCCGUCGCUGCUCCAGGUACGCGUUCGAGAACCAGAACCUGGAGCGGCCGGUGUUCUCCGCCAUGAUGGAUAUUAUCGACCUGGUCAUUAAACACCAACACGUCCGCCUUGCCACUGAACCCUUGUUCCAUCUUAACUCUAUCUUUUACAUCAUUACUCUUGCUGCUCGGAGGAAGGAUCUUCACCAGUACCUGACUGGACUGAUGGCAGGUUUAGAGCCUUACGUGAGUCAGUGUGACGCCACAAAGGGGGACGUUCAAGACAUGCUCAAGGCCUUAUCUCAAUGUGUGUGGGAGGCUAGUCUGGCCAAUGCCUCGCCUCAACAAACUCUCAUCUUACAGAGAUUUUCACUACAGUACCUCACUGCCGCGGGAACGAGCGUAGUUGAUGUUUGCCAAAAAGUAACGAGAGUGCACCAGACUUUUACACGAGCACAAAAGUCAGAAGAAAACCUUGAUAAGUUUUAUGAGUUUGCCAUCAACAUGUUAACCACGGGGAGAGUUGAGACAGAGAAGACGUACGAUGGAGAGGAUGUGUUGGCUGUGUUUGGUCUAGUCAUGGAGUAUGCCAAGAUUGUUGAUAAACUGGACAAGUUUGCAAGCUUCAGUAAAAUCACUCGACCCUUCGUCACUUUUUUUGAAAGCAUUUGUGAAGAACAAAUAAUAUUGGCCCUGAAAGUUGGCCUGAAGCUGGUGGAGGUGGGGAUGGCUCUUAAGGCCGGCAAGUGUAAGGAAGAGAUGAUCGUUAAGUUGGUGAUGUCGUGUAGUUUCGUCUCCAACAUCUUGGAGCCAAACACAAUCGUACUAGUGAGCUUACUGUACACUACAGAACUGUUUGAGUACGAGGGGAACGAAGAUGCUUUGCACUCUCUAAGUAGUGAGACGUUGGCACUCCUGGUUAAGACUCUGCUGGCCAGAUGCAUCCCACCACUACCAGAGGACAUCAUCAGGAAGGUGGUCACUGUCCUUCACCUACAGUUGGGUUACUUUGUGGAACAGGUGAGUACUUCUACAGACCAGAACAAGACGUUGACUCAAGCCCUACACUGGGUCACGAAGGCAAAUUCUUUCAUUGCCACCUACUGCACUGAUACAGCACACGCGUUGACCGGUAUAUACAAUGUUGGCGUAAACUCGGGUAACUUGGGAGUGUUGGCGUUCCGGAACAACAGGUACGACAUGGCCGCCAAAAUCCUGGAGAUGUAUGUGGACAUGCUGUACAGAUAUCACACAGCAGCCUCACAGGAGAUGAAGAACCUCGUAGGUCCGUCAAUAAGCAAGAAGAUACGGUUGUGGAGCGACUCCCUGAGGUACAACGAGCAGUGCUGGGAGGCUGGUGUGGCUGCUGCUCGGGGACACCUCAUGGGCUUCCUGUCUCGGGAGGACCUGUUCACUAUGUGGAUUAAGUGCAAAAGGGACGUCGUAAAAUAUAAAAAUAAAACAUUAAAAGGUUUAACUGUGUGUGAUGUUGUGAGUGAAGCCCAGAAGAAGUACGGUAAGGCAGAGGGAGUCUCGAUCAACGAGGAUGAACUACUUCUGACAGAAAUCAAGUAUUAUAUGAAACAAGAUAAUGACACAUUUAUGGAUAGACUCUCAUGUGGGAGGAAACUGGUUGAGUGUGGGAACAGUGUGAAGAUAAAGGUGCGAGGCCUUCUGGCAGUGAGUGAGGCACUGUGGCACUGUCCUAAACUCGCUACUCUUCAACAGGAGGCCUUAAACAGUGCUAACACAGCCAUUAACAUGUUAAAGGAAGCCUCUUGUGGUGGUGAAUGUGACCCCAGCCUGCAGGAACUGAAGGCUAUGGCAUACUUCUGGGUCUACCUGUGUCAAUUGCAAGAAAUGUCAGAUAUAGUGGCAGAACAGGUUAAAGAUUUGGAGAAGCCUGUAUCCCUGACUGCUCAAGCUACAGACCUUGGGGAGGAGGUUCAGGAGAAUGAUGAAUGUCAUGUUCGUCCUGCAGCCGCUUCUCUCACACUACAUGACCAGGACGUCUCCCUCACUCCCCUUCACACUGCACUCAAGAUCUGGGAGGAGCUUAGUUCUCAGGACGUGACCCUCGGAGACGUGGAGAUGACGUGCGAGUGUCUGACAUCCGCGGGCUAUGUAUAUCAACUGUGUGGUGUGGUCGCUCCCACUGUGAGGGCUUGGGUCUCUCUUGUGUCCAUAGCUCGCAGGUAUUCUCUUCACACCUUCCUCAUUAAAGGUAUAAAUGAGCUGCUACUAGUAGUUCCUGAGUUAGUGCCUGUUGAGCUUGUGAAGGAGGUGGAGGCAGCAGUGGCAUCCUACCAAGAAGCUAAUGCUCAAGAUUCUUCUCUUAUCUACCUCAACAUCACCACCACUGCUGCCAUAGCUUACUACCACUUCAAGAUGGGACAGUACAAGGAAGGUGGGGAGUAUAUAAGUCGAGCCCUGAAGACAAAGGUAAUGGAGAAGCAGACCAUCGGAGCCACAGAGGUGCAGACCCUGGUGCACCUGGUGGCCUCUCUCUAUGCUUCGCUGCCCCCAUGGCUGCUGCAGCCUGACCACCGGCCCUCAGAACCCUGUGCAUUCUUGGCCUUAAUGGCAUGCAGGCAGUCCAUAGCUCUUAUGAAAACAAAUACAUCGUCUAUAAAUAAUGAAUUGAUAUGCUGGAGGCACAAACUAGCUUGGCUGCACAUAAUAACAACCACCUGGAUGGGACAUCUGUUCAUAAACUCUGUCCAGCCUCGACCAGCAAGAGCCUACCUCAAGGAGUCUUUCAGGAUUGCUCAGAAAAUGGCACUUCCUCUCAGAACUGCAGAGUUACUGGAGUUGCUGGCAUGGGUAGACCUCCAGUGUGACCAGGUUGAUGACUGCUUGUUUAAGAUUGACAUUCUAAAGUCUAUCCUUGUGGUUCAUUCACCAUGUGACCAAACUGUAGCAACCAUAGUACCUGAGUUUUCUAAGCUAACCAUAUCCCACAACAAGUCUAAAAGUAAGAAAGUACGACAACAACCUCAUCAUCAGAAGACGGGCAGAGUUGUGUUUGAGGAAAGCGAGAAGAUGAGGGCAGCGAGUAGGCUGCCAGAAUUUAAACUAAGGAAAAUAACUGGUAACCCAGCAGUGGUCAAGAUUGGAUCACAAAAUCAACUCGUUCACUUUGGUAAUCAAGAGCAGCCCACUUCUCCAAUCACGGACCAUCUCAAGAAGACGACGGUACUACAGUUUGAACCCUGCCCGAGGAGGACCUCCGAGUGUGAUACGUGUGCCACACCUGCUGUUCAGUACCUCUGUAUCUCAACAAAUGUACUCUUAGGACGAAUACAUUCUCUUCAGGGACAGAGUGGAGUGGCUCACAAAUGCUUCAAUAUGGCUAAGGAGUUGUACAAUGACGUACUUGAGAAGGGACCUGAAAUAUCCAGUCAUCUGGCUGCUCUUAUAGACAAGAAACAAAUAGGAAAACUGACUUCAUCCUCCAGCUUUAUUCUGUCGAGGCUAAACCUGGUACGUCUUCAGACUUUACAUGGUAUAGUUGAGUGUCUGGCUCUAAGGAAGGAAUAUGAAGAAGCACUCAGUGUUAACUUACAAGCACUGCACACUGUGAGCCAAUUAGAUCGUCGGCAAAUGUUCGAAAGUCAGCAGUUUAUCAUCCAACUUAUCCUUCAAGGUCAAGCCUUAGAGAGGAUACUAAAACAGGUGGAUGCUGGUGACAGUAGUGGUGAAGUAUGUGAACAAAGCCCAAACAAACAAGAAGAAAAAUAUAACAGUGGUUGGGUUACCCCAUUAAAGACUAAGGCUGAGGUAGAGACAAGCUCCUGCAUUAAAUCAUCACGGCAAUAUCUCGGUGUCCCCAAGCCGGGAAGAUGUCACGAAAAAUCUUUCUGUAUUUACAGUGAUGAUGAUUUGCAAGACCAAACCUCGACUAAAAAAAUGCCUCCAACACGACCAAAGAAAAAAAUACCCAUGACAUCAAUGAAAACGUUGGCUGUUGAGACAAAGGCAACUGGCGCUUCCUCUAGAAAGAAAAAGAAUGUGGUGAAGAAAAUAUCUUGUCUCAAUGAGACAGAUUCAGAUGAAUGUACCACAAAACUGGCUCUAAAUAUGCCAGAUUUCAGUCCACUUUCUCCUGCUAACAGAGACACUAAUCCAUCUAUAAAAGAAGCAGAGAGUGUAAUUAGUGACAGGUGUUUGUCCCUAACUGGUAAAUCAAUAACCAAGAAAAAGGUUGGUCAUAAAACCAAGGAGCCAUCGUGUGUGAUGGAGGUGAUUGAUGUCAGUGACACGGAAAGCUGCCCAAAUGAUAACUCAAACGGUAGUGAUGACAUGGAGGUGUGUUAUGAAUCUGAAAAUAAGGUUUUCUUAAACAAAGGAAGGGCUUCAGCCAAAGAUGAAAAGCAAACAAAAGAGCCUAAAUCCAAAACCAAGACAACUACAGGAGUGAAGCCGACCAGCAGUAGGCAGCCGUCCUCUGCCAGAACAAGAACAACUAGAUCUCUAAGAUUAAUAUGAUGGACAAAAUUCAUAGAUGAUGUUUUUAAUUUUGAUGACUACAUUUCCCCGCUGCCUGUAAAUUACACCAAUAUAUUUUUCUACCAUACAGUAUUUUAUAUUGAGAUGAGUAGUACAGUACAGUACAGUACAGUACUGUACUGUGAGUAGAUGAAAUUAUCCAGUAUUAAUAGGUAAUAUCGGUGCAGUAGUACAAUUUCCAGGUACUGUACUGGAUUUGGUUUGGAAGUAGAAUUAUUGAACACACACAUAAUAUUUACCUUAAUACUGUAGGUGAAGACUACUCUUAAUUGCAUGUGAAUUGCCAAAGAACUGUAAGUAUCCAAAUGUUAAUUUUAUGAUGCAAUAAAAGUUCAUAACUUAGAAACACAAAAUAGUUGUAAAUGUGUAGAUGUUACUGCAGACAGUUUUUAGUGGAUAUUUACAUUUUAAGGAAUAUAAUUAUAUUUUUUAUGGAAAUAUUACAAAUGUCUUGACCAGGUUGCAUGAUUUUUGGUAGAGAAAUAGAAAUUAAAACUAUUGAUUGAAUGUUUGUACUGUCGUUAUUUUCAUUGAGUCCGAGAUUAACGGUAAAUUACAUUAUUUUUUAAGACUUCAAAAUAAUAUACUGGUAUUCAUUAAUAAAGUCAUAUUCCACCAUC